AUGUUGAAAAUUAUUUCUAAUGAAAGAAUGAAAAAACACAAAGAACGAUUGUUGAAUGUUUCACUUGUGAAUGAUGGUCGUCUCUUAAAAUUAAGUUUUGAUCAAUUGAAGAAUUUCACAAGAAGAAAAGUAAAACAGCAAACUCUUUCCAAGAGAUGGGAAAUGAUUCAAUUUCUCCAAAUGAUACCUUACUGGGUGAUGAUUUAA